AUCCCUGAGCUCAAGGAAACAACCAUAGGAAAAUGCGAAUUGGAUAAAAUCUCCACUUAAUCCAUAUUCAAAUCAAGCAUUAUACAGAUUCAAUUUCAAAACAAAACUCAAACUGAAUAACUAUUUAAUCUCCUGCUAUCAUCUUCCCUUUUUACCCCAUAACUCAAUCAUCAUCCUCACAUGUUCUUCUGAAAACCACUCCCAUCUGUCCAAAUAAAUUCCGCCGAUUCAUCCAAUCCCAUCCAUAAAUGGGUACAACGACCGGAGCCGACGGCGCCCACGGCUGCGCUGCUCUCCGAUUCACCUUGCAGGUGAUUAAAGGCCGCUGGUUCACCGUUUUCGCUACAUUUCUCAUCAUGGCCGGCGCCGGCGCCACCUAUCUCUUCGGUGUCUACUCCAAACAGAUCAAGGCGACGCUUGGGUAUGACCAAACGACUUUGAAUCUGAUGGGUUUUUCUAAAGAUCUGGGUGCUAACGUCGGUGUUCUGUCCGGUUUAGUGGCGGAAGUGACGCCGACUUGGUUCGUUCUCCUCCUUGGCUCCGCCUUGAACUUCGCCGGAUAUUUUAUGAUUUGGCUCGCCGUUACCGGCAGAAUCGCGAAGCCCCAAGUCUGGCAGAUGUGUCUUUACAUUUGCGUUGGAGCUAAUUCCCAGAAUUUUGCUAAUACUGGCGCUUUGGUUACUUGCAUUCAGAAUUUCCCUGAGAGCCGUGGCGCUAUGAUGGGGCUUUUGAAGGGCUUCACAGGGUUGAGCGGCGCCGUUCUCACACAGAUUUAUUUGGCCGUCUAUGGUGACGAUGCGACGGCGUUGAUCCUUCUAAUUGGGUGGCUCCCGGCGGCCCUUUCCGUCGUUUUUGUUUUCACGAUUCGGAGGCUUAGAGCAGAGAGACAACCGAAUGAGAAGAGGGUUUUUUACCAUUUCCUUUAUGUCUCAAUUGGGUUAGCGCUUUUCAUCAUGAUUAUGAAUAUUGUCCAGAAGAAAGUGGAAUUCAACCAUACGGCUUAUGCUAUAAGUGCUACCGUGAUUUGCGUAUUUCUGUUCCUUCCUCUGUUCAUUGUGAUCCGUGAAGAACUUCAUCUCUGGAAUGCAAAGAAAACUCCAACUCCCCCAAUUCCUAACGAAAACCCACAAUCACAAUCCCAAUCUCAACCAAAACCAGUUGAUGAAUCCAAAAUCAUCACAGAAGAAUCAAACCAAAUCAAGGAAAUUCCAAACCCACCACCAGAUUCCUGUUUCUCGAACAUUUGUCACAAGCCAGCCAGAGGAGACGAUUACACAAUCCUUCAAGCACUUCUCAGCGUCGAUAUGUUGGUUCUGUUCAUCGCAACAUUCUGUGGGUUAGGCACAAGCUUAACCGCAGUAGAUAAUUUGGGGCAAAUCGGUGAAUCACUAGGCUACCCAUUAAAAACAGUAAGCUCAUUCGUUUCAUUAGUAAGCAUUUGGAAUUACUUCGGCAGAGUAUUCUCUGGAUUCGUUUCCGAAACCCUUCUCGCGAAAUUCAAAUUCCCAAGACCUUUAAUGAUGACAUUAGUCCUUCUCCUCUCUUGCAUUGGACAACUCUUAAUCGCAUUCCCAGUUCCGGGCUCCGUCUACCUAGCUUCAGUAAUCAUCGGAUUCUCCUUCGGCGCACAACUUCCGCUGCUUUUCGCCAUAAUUUCAGAGCUAUUCGGGCUGAAAUAUUUCUCUACUCUGUUCAAUUGCGGGCAAAUCGCCAGCCCGUUAGGAUCGUAUAUUCUGAAUGUGAAGGUCGCCGGAAUGUUGUACGACAUGGAAGCUUUGAAGCAACUGAAGGAGAAAGGGUUAGAUAGAUCGGCGGUGAAGGAAUUGACUUGCAUUGGAAAGCAAUGUUUCAGGAAAUCGUUUACGUUAAUGGCGAUUGUUACAUUUGUUGGAGCUAUGGUUUCGCUGGUUUUAGUGAUGAGAACGAGGGAGUUUUACAGAGGAGAUAUUUACAAGAAGUUCAGAGGCGAAGACGAAGUGAAGGUGAAAGAGGAUACCAAGUGAGAUUAUUCUAAAUGGGCUUUUGUUCCAAUUGGGCCGGCCCAAGAAUAGCAUAGUUAUCAGGCCUUUUUUUAUUUUAUUGUAAUUUGUAGUUUUAAUUAAUUGUCGAAAUUUCAUCCUUUGAAUAUUUUUAUUUUCCAUUCUCAUAGCA